ACUUGAGCCCGACACUGACCCGGUCGCCGCGCCUAUCCACGUCGGGGCCAAUGAGGCGCGCGCCUUUGCCUCACGUGGUAGAGGUAGGCGACGACCAAUGGACGCGCGCGGCUGAGGGCGAAAGGCAGGCCGGCGCCGCCGUAGAUGCGGGGGACGCUCGCUCGCUCCCUCCCUCCGUCUCUCCGACGCUAUCAAAUGAUGCUGUUUGGAAAAAUCUCCUGGCAGUUCUGCGGCUUAAAGAAACUCCCAUGGUCAUGUGACUCCAGGUCCUUCUGGGGCUGGUUGAAUGCAGUAUUUAAUAAAGUAGAUUAUGAACGCAUCAGGGAUGUUGGCCCAGACAGGGCAGCAUCUGAGUGGCUGCUGCGCUGUGGGGCCAUGGUGCGGUACCACGGCCAGGAGAGGUGGCAGAAGGACUACAACAACCUCCCAACAGGCCCUCUGGACAAAUACAAGAUUCAAGCAAUCGACGCCACCAACUCUUGUAUCAUGAACAUUGGAUUUGAUCACAUGGAGGGCCUACAGCACGUUGAAAAAAUAAAAUUAUGCAAGUGUCAUUAUAUCGAGGAUACCUGUUUAGAGAGGCUUGGUCAAUUGGAAAAUUUACAAAAAAGCAUUUUGGAAAUGGAAAUAAUUUCCUGUGGGAAUGUCACAGAAAAAGGCAUCAUUGCUUUGCAUCACUUAAGAAACCUCAACUAUUUGUUGUUAUCUGACCUUCCUGGAGUAAGAGAAAAAGAAAAGAUUGUCCAAGCCUUUCAGAUAUCACUGCCUUCUCUGAAGCUAAAAUUAGACUUGAAGUAAAAAAAGAAAAAAAUAGUAAUAAUCAACAAGUGUCUUAUUUCAUUGUAAAGAAUCAUUUGAAAUUGUUAAUUCUAAACAGCAGCAAAUAUCAUGUAAUUGUUAAUAGAACUGUAAGGAUGUCAGGUCAUGGCAUUUUAGAAGGGGAAAGGGCAUGCUGAGUCCAUAUGUAGAAAAUAGAUGUGACUCACUAUAGUUACUAACUUGGAAGUGAGAAUUGAUGUACAUUAAAUCAUUUUAAGAAAAAUGCACAGCACGUUGCAUUUAAAUUCUAAUAUAUUCCUCAGAUAAUAAUAUAGCUAUUUCUGGAUAUAGUGAUACAGAAGUCUCCAAAGUGAUUUGAAUGUCUAACACAGAUAUUCUGUAUUGUAUUAUAUGAACAGUAAUUUAUAUUACAUUUUACUAUAACUUUAAAGUUACUGAAGCAUGUUACUAUAAAUGCACAAUUGUGAAAACGUGAAGCUGAAUUACAGAUUCACUGAUGAUGGAAUCAGUUGUGCAGAGUUGUCAGUGGUUACUGAGGCAUGCCUUUCAUACUGCAUCCUGGCAUUUGCACGUAUGUCUCAUGAUCCUGGUUUCCUGUUUUCUUUAUAUCAUACACCCUUUCUCAGAAUGAAUAAUUUCUGAUUAAUUUGUCUAUUUUGUAAGCUUAGGCUAGGGUUUUAUUAAAACUGAACAUAGAUACUUGACUGAAUUUAAAAAGUUUUGCUGAUUGAACAGGGAUACAAAGGGAAACAAUUGUAAAGAUAAAAACCAGCAUAGCUACACUUACUUUUUCUUAAAUUAAAAAAUUGCUUUAAACAGGAAAUUUUAACAUGUCAAUUAGAAGCUAAUUUUUCUUCCUUCAUAUAUUCUUGGAUACUAUCUCCUAUCAGCUCAAGAGACAUCAAAAUGAAUGGAAACACAUAAUUUAUAUCUAGAAUACAAGAAUAAAGAAUAUUAAUAGGUAAAAUAGGUCUUUAUUUUGACCUGCUUGAAGUGGCCCUGAUUUGAUUAUUGUUAGUAACUGCUGACUUGUUUAUGGAUGUCUGUAUGUUGGUUUGAACAUUAAGAUGAUGAAUAUAACUUUGACUGGAAAUGCUUUUAAAAUAAACAACACUUUCUAUGAUACAGCUUUCAGGUAGAAACAAAUUUUAGGUGCAUUUAAAAACCAAUUUAUGUAAAUAGCACAUAACAUAAAUGGUUUCCUUUUUACUAAUAUAAUUGCUAACGUCUUUCACUAGAAAAAAAUCAGAAUAGUAAAUUAAAAAAACAAGGAUGUAGAAGUUUCAUGUGACACAGUGGUGAUUCCAGGCUGAGGAAAGGAUUACAGACAUGGUGAAAUACAAGCAUAAAUUUAAUAGAACUCAUUAGAAAAAGAUGAGCCCUUUUUCUCACGUUUCUGUUUCAUUUCUGUGUGACCAGGCAACUGGUUCACCUCAGUUUAGUCUAGAGCUAUUCUUUCUGAGUAGUUUUCUAUAAAACUAUUGGAUUAACUAGGUAGUUAUAGUCAUCUGCCUCCGUCAAGUGCAUUUUCUUAGGUUAAGGAAGCACACACAAACUAUUCACAGAAGUUGGAUGUCCUUCCUUUUCAUUGGAAUCAAAGCUACAAAAUAAGAAUGGGAUGAUACUGGAACUGUUACAUAGCCCACUAUCAGCUCUAUGCAAGAAGCUACAUACAUCAGGAAGCCUUAGAAUGUCAUUAAACUGGCUGGGGUGGCUAAGAUAAUAGAGCAGAUGCCAGAAUGUAGUGGAUCACGUAGCAGUAGAUGAAUGGGAUAAAAUGCUCUCAUGAAGAAAAUUCACAUAGCAAUAAACUGAGAAUGCAGAAGAAAUGUUUUUAAAAUAUAGUAAAAUACCAUUUUGAAAACUGUGGCUGAGAACUGCUAGAAAAUAGUAACAGCACAUUAACCAAAAAUGGUGUUGAGCUGCAAGAAACAGACACAGGCUUCACAUUGUUCUUGUCUAUAGGGGACAAGGAUGAAAAAGCUUUUUGAAUAGGAGCAGUGGGCCAAGGCAAAACAAACAAUAUGCCAUCAUUUUAAGUCUCACUGUACAAAGAUAGGAAUCUUCAGUUGUAUCAUUUUGGAUUACUUAUUAUUUAUUCCCGUUGCUGUUGAGUCGAUUCCAACUCAUAGCGACCCUGUAGGACAGAGUAGAACUGCCCCAUUUGGUGGUUAUAUAUUAGUUAAUAGGUUAGUAUAUAUACACACGCAUAUAUAUGUAUAUAAUGUAUGUGUGCAUACACAUACAUUCACAUGUAAAUAGAUGUUUCAGGGAAAACAAGUUUAUAAUGUAAAGCUUUUCCAUUAUGCAAGUAAAAUCUCAAAAGCAGUUUCUUCCAAAACCCAGAUCACUAUUUACAGUCCUACCUGUAGCUCAGUCUCCAGGCCUGAGGCUGAGCUGGAGAGAAUGCAGUACUACUAAUCAUUUUCAGGGUGGUGGGUUCAGUUCCUAUGAAGAUUGUAGUUCUUGUUCUACCCUUUGACCACCUUAGUCAGCUGCCAAGCAUCAUGUCAUUGGUUGCAAGGGGAAUCGGGUGAACAUGUGCACAUAGAUUUUUGUAAAUCCAUCUUGUUAGCAUGCUUUACUGAAGGUAAAGACAAAAGUAUAAGAAAUGUCUAUAAAGAUUAAAUAUAUAAGCAUAUAACAGUAUUUUUAUAAUCAUUUUAAAUAUUUUUAACAUCUGAUUCAAAAAAUAUUUUAGAAUAUAUAAAUCAGGAGACAGCAAGUAGGAAAUAGAACUUAACAUUUUGAUUUCAAGAACUAAAACUCUCCUUUACUAUGAUACUGAGACAAUCUGGAUGCAGGAGAAUAGGAGGAUUCAAGGCAACAGAGAUACAAGGAAAUACAUUAUGGGCAUUCUGUAGUAUUUUUAACUUGUCACAUAUGGUACAAAUUGAAGCAAAAAUCUUUUUGACAUCAUGUAAUUUUGCGAGAGGAAUGUGCAGUAGAUACAGUUUAUGUUCUCUCUAUAAGCUUGGCUGCUUGAAUACAACAAAAAUACAGGUGAAACUCCAAACAAGUUUUCCUUUCUGUCCAGGACACUAUCAUCAAGCAUGGAAGACUGGAUCUGUAAUUUCUUGCCAAGUGUUCCCCCUGCCCCACCCUAGUUAAUUGCUUGUGUUUUCUCCUGAU